CUUUGACUUCAUAUGUUUUGGUUUUGAGCCACUGAAUUAUAUAAUAUUACAAAACCUCUAAAGCAAAAUUAAAAGUAAUUCAAAGAAAAAAAGCUCGACCUUCCAUUACCAUUUACCAAGAAAGAAAAAUGACAACGGCGAUGAUGAUAUUCGCGGUUUUGGUUACAGUGGUGGAGGUGGAAGCACAGACUGAGUGCGUGAGCAAGAUAGUUCCCUGCUUCAGGUUCUUGAACACGACAACAAAGCCGUCGACGGAUUGUUGCAACUCGAUCAAGGAAGCGAUGGAGAAAGAUUUUAGCUGUCUCUGCACCAUCUACAACACUCCUGGUUUACUCGCUCAGUUCAACAUCACUACAGAUCAAGCUCUCGGUCUCAACCUUCGAUGUGGAGUCAACACUGAUCUAUCCGCUUGUUCCGGUUCUGGUGCUCCACCACCACCACCUGAUCUAUUUCCUCCACCUUCAGCUCAAAUGCUCCCUCCACCUCCAGCUUCGUCACCUGCACCUCCAUCGCCACCUUCUUCAUCCCGACCACGUCCAUUGCCACGUCCAUCAAUGUCAAGGAGCUUUACGAUAGAAAACAAAUGCCAAUACACCAUAUGGCCUGCAACCUACGGCUAUAGGAGAUCACUAGAAACAACCGGUUUUGUUCUUGAGAAAGGAGAGACGCGUACCAUCAAAGCGCCGUCAUCAUGGAUAGGUCGUUUCUGGGGUAGGACACUCUGCUCCACCAACUCAACAGGGGGUUUCUCAUGUGCCACGGGAGACUGCACCUCCGGAAAAAUCAAGUGCCUCGGUAUCCCCAUAGAUCCAACAACAGUGGUCGAGUUUAACCUCGCUUCUUACGGUGUCGACUAUUAUGUCGUCAACGUCUUCAAUGGUUACAACCUCCCUUUGCUUGUGACCCCCGAGAACAAAAACUGCAGAAGCAUUGAAUGCGUUAUUGACAUGAACGAGACAUGUCCCUCGGAGCUAAUGGUGAACAGUAGUGGCCUUGGAUCGCACCAUCCAAUAGCCUGCAUGACCACUUGUCAGAGAUACCAGUUGCCAGAGCUUUGCUGUAUCGGACUCUCUUCUGGGGUGGUCGUACCACCGGGAAUAUGCAAGCGGACGAUCUACUCGCGGACAUUCAAUAACGUGUGCCCAAGCGCUUAUAGUUACGCCUACGACGUUGAUAACAGCAGUUUCACUUGUCCAAACUUCUCCAACUUUGUCAUCACGUUUUGUCCGUCUAGCUCAACGGUCCCAGAGGCAGGAAACAUCAAUAGCUCAACGGUCCCAGAGGCAGGAAACAUCAAAACUGGAACAGAAGCAAAAGGAAAUAUUCCAUUGAGGUUAAAACUCAUACUUGGAGUUUCAUCAGUAUUGGCUACAAUGAUCAUUAUUGUGAUUGUGGGAAAGGUUAGAGCAAAUAAUAUGAGAAAGAGUGAUUUGAAUGAGAAGAACAUGGAAGCAGUGGUAAUGUUGAAACGAUUUAGUUAUGUACAAGUCAAGAAGAUGACAAAAUCAUUUGAGAAUGUUCUUGGGAAAGGGGGAUUUGGAACUGUCUAUAAAGGGAAGUUACCUGAUGGCAGCCGAGAUGUUGCAGUGAAGAUCUUGAAGGAGUCAAACGAGGAUGGAGAAGACUUCAUCAAUGAAAUAGCUAGCAUGAGUAGGACAUCUCAUGCUAAUAUCGUUUCUCUACUUGGAUUCUGUUAUGAAGGGAGGAAGAAAGCUAUAAUUUACGAGUUGAUGCCGAAUGGAUCCCUCGACAAGUUCAUCUCCAAGAAUAUGUCGGCGAAGAUGGAAUGGAAAACGUUAUACAACAUUGCGGUAGGUGUGUCUCAUGGCCUAGAAUACUUGCAUAGCCAUUGUGUAUCAAGGAUUGUACAUUUCGAUAUAAAGCCACAGAACAUACUCAUAGAUGGAGACUUAUGCCCUAAGAUUUCGGAUUUCGGUCUUGCUAAGCUUUGCAAAAAUAAUGAAAGCAUCAUUUCAAUGCUACAUGCAAGAGGCACCAUAGGGUACAUUGCUCCAGAAGUGUUCUCCCAGAAUUUUGGAGGAGUUUCUCAUAAGUCUGAUGUGUAUAGUUAUGGAAUGGUGGUUCUUGAGAUGAUUGGAGCAAGGAACAUAGGAAGAGCUCAAAAUGCUGGAUCCAGUAAUACUUCAAUGUACUUUCCAGAUUGGAUUUAUAAAGAUCUUGAGAAAGGAGAAAUCAUGAGUUUUUUGGCAGAUCAAAUAACCGAAGAAGAAGAUGAGAAGAUAGUAAAGAAAAUGGUAUUGGUGGGUCUGUGGUGUAUUCAGACCAAUCCAUAUGAUCGUCCACCAAUGAGCAAAGUUGUUGAAAUGUUAGAGGGAAGUCUAGAGGCUCUCCAGAUUCCACCUAAGCCUCUUUUAUGUUUACCCGCAAUAACAGCUCCAAUAACAGUUGAUGAAGACAUUCAAGAGACUUCAAGCUUCUUGAAACCAAGUCAAGAUACUUCAUAUUAUUCCGAACAAAUAGUUCAAGAUAUUGUAGAAGAGAAUCAAGAUAGCUCAAGAUCUUCCUAAACCAAGGCUAGCCAGAGACGAGUGUUAUUCUUACAAGCUGUUUAGAUUUUGGGAUCUCUUACCGGUUUGUUGUUAAUAUCCAAAUUAGAUUUUGCGAGCAUUCACCAUUGACCAUUCUUGUGUAAAUGAAAACCCAAAAUAUUAGAUGCUUAUAAUAGAAGAUAAAUGUAGACAUGAGACAUCCGACAUUCACUGAAAUGGGUCAGUUUGUUUUCUC